AUGUCUCACGCGCUCCUCCCGCUUUGCUCACGCGCUUGUCUCGCUUUGCUCACACGCUCCUCACCCGGCCGCAGCACAGCCGCUGUUGUAUCCCCCCGCUUAUUCACGCACGCCUUCUGCGUCUCAUCGCGGAGCCUGUCACAAACAUCUACGCGCGGCUCCUCCGCCACGCGCGACGUCGCUGCACAACGCUCAUCGGGGCCCGCAUUCAACGUCAUGAUCGCGCGGCUGCCCCAUCUCUUGCGCGCACCGCCCAGUCCCAACGACGCCUGCCCGCCGCCACCCGACCGUCACUACCGUACGCUAUGCCUGGAUCCCCGCUCCGACGGUCCCAUUCCUCGGUAUGUAAACUUGCUGUCGUGCGAUUGUGCUGAUGUCGAGAGGCGGCGCGGCGGUCAGCGGCGCGAACUUUCAAUUGACGAGGUGAGCGCGGACGUGGACUCGGACACCAGCGCUGAUGCGAACGAGCGCGGAAUGAUCUUUCAGGUGCGCACGGCGGCCUACGACGGACACGCAGUCUCAGACUGCACGUACCCACGCAAAUAUGCGGACGACUCAACAGCGCGUACCUUCGCAGACAUCCGGACGACUCGCCGGUCGUAUGCGCUGCUCAUAAGCCGCGUGAACGUUGCCGCCGCCGCCGCCGCCGCCGCCGCCGCCGCCGCCGUCACCACCACCAUCGAUUGCUGCGGGUAUGGUCCGCCAGCAUGCAUCAAAGAUCACAAUCAGUCGCAAGCACGCCUCGGGAAGACGGGCACGAGUACAUACCGUGUCCGCGACACAUCUCGGGGCGACACCGCACGCCGUCACACACUUUUGGUUACAGUAAGCAUCAGCAUCGUGUCGCCUGGUGAGUACACGCGAGACGCACCGUGUAGGUAA